UUUCAGAAGCAAAGCGAGCUGUUCUGGAAUCGGGGAUAACUGGUAAAGGCUCCCCCCGCCCCCCAUUUUAAACGAUCAGAGGACGAAAUGGUGGCUCCAUAAUUUCAUGAUAAAAUCGUUUUGAUGCGUUUCAUACAUGAAACGCAGAGUCGCAGAGGCCUAAGCAAGCACCAAAUAACUGCAGCAGGAAAUAACUGUAUGUCCAUGCAGUCCUGAUAGUUUUUUUUCCACAGAAACAUUCCCUGUGUAAUUACUUACGCCACGCGCUACAGCAUUCUACUCACUUUACGGGGAGACCAAAACAGGAAGAUUAACAGGUUUCUGAGGGGGUGAGAGAGGUCAGAGGGUAAAGGUAAUUUCAAGAUGAGUGAGCUCGAGCAGCUUCGACAGGAGGCUGAGCAACUGCGGAAUCAGAUCAGAGAUGCCAGGAAAGCAUGUGGAGACUCCACACUCACUCAGAUUACUGCUGGACUAGACCCGGUGGGGCGGAUACAGAUGAGGACGAGGCGCACACUGCGUGGGCAUUUGGCUAAAAUCUACGCCAUGCAUUGGGGCUCAGACUCCAGGCUUCUUGUUAGUGCCUCACAGGAUGGAAAACUAAUCGUCUGGGACAGCUACACUACAAACAAGAUUCACGCCAUCCCAUUACGGUCAUCAUGGGUGAUGACAUGUGCGUAUGCGCCGUCUGGAAACUUUGUGGCCUGUGGCGGUCUGGACAACAUUUGCUCUAUAUACAGCUUAAAGACGAGAGAGGGCAAUGUUAGAGUCAGUCGAGAACUGCCUGGCCACACAGGUUACCUUUCCUGUUGCCGUUUCAUUGAUGACAAUCAAAUUAUCACGAGUUCAGGAGACACAACCUGUGCUCUGUGGGACAUAGAGACCAGUCAGCAGACGACGCUUUUCUCGGGUCACAGCGGUGAUGUAAUGAGUCUGUCGCUGGCUCCAGACUCGCGGACCUUCAUCUCUGGGGCCUGUGAUGCCUCCAUUAAACUCUGGGACAUCAGAGACAGCAUGUGCAGACAGACAUUCACUGGUCAUGAGUCAGACAUCAACGCAGUCUGUUUCUUUCCCAGCAGCAGUGCGUUUGCAACAGGUUCAGACGACGCCACCUGCAGGCUGUUUGACCUGCGUGCCGAUCAGGAGCUCUGCUUAUACUCUCAUGAUAAUAUCAUCUGUGGCAUCACCUCUGUCGCCUUCUCUCGCUCUGGCCGCCUGCUGCUCGCCGGCUACGACGACUUUAACUGCAACAUCUGGGAUGCCAUGAAGGGAGACCGAGCAGGAGUGUUGGCUGGCCAUGACAAUCGUGUGAGCUGUCUUGGGGUAACAGAUGAUGGCAUGGCUGUGUCUACAGGUUCUUGGGACAGCUUCCUCAAGAUCUGGAACUGACCAUACACACCCACACAAACACACACACACACACAAUGCUCACAUAUCUUACACAGUAUUCACUUCUCAUACCAUACUAUAUGCACAGUAUGUACUUACUGUACAUAUGAUGUACACUUAACUACACAGACACAUGCCUGACAAAGACUAGAACUGUACAUACUAUAUAUAAUGACAAUUAAUUAUAAGUUUACACCAACUCUUUUUAGUGCCACUUAAUUCUAUACAUAUUGCGAGUCACACUGUAGACAGGUUUGGACCAUGUGUUUUAAACAGGAAUGUUUACAUGCACACGUUUUUUUUUCUUUACCUAAGGUUUGCUGGACAUAUACAGUACUUUCACUUAGUGACAUAAGUGCAUUUGGCGGAAUGGGUGUUGAUUUUUCAGAUGCAUCUAAUUUGAGCAUACAACCCAAAAAGUUUUUUUUUUUUUAAACAUCACUCUCACAAUUUGCAUACUUUUGAUUCAUUUCAGGCUUAUUUAAGACCAUUUAAGACUAUUCAUUUUAUAUUGCAUUUAUGGUCAUUCUGUUCUCUAUACUCAAAUAUAAGCCUUCGGUGCUGAUGUUUCCAUGAUGUAGAGUUCAAAUGAUGAAAGAUGUAAGGCAGGGUCGAGUUAUCCAGCCGAAAUGUCCUAAAUCACAAAUCACACUUAAUGUAGUCAUGUUUUAUAGAUGCAUAUG